GGGUGGAGGCCACGCUGAAGCCGGUGGGGCGGGAGCGCUGGGAAGCGAUCUCCGUGGUCCGAGCACUCCCCGGGGACUGGCACCUCGCUCCGUGGGUGGGGCACAGGGCCCUGCAGGUUCCACCAACCACUGUGGCACAGUCCUCAGCAGACAAGGAAAUGAGAAAAAUACCAAACAAUGGGAACCUGAGGAUGACGAAGGUGGCGUACCCGCUGGGGCUGUUCGUGUGCCUGUUCAUCUACGUCGCCUACAUCAAGUGGCACUGGGCCUCCGCCACCCAGGCCUUCCUCGGCAUCCCCGAGGUGGCCACGGGGGCCCGGAGGGGACAGCAGUCCCGCAGUCCCCCGGGGACAGCUGCCCGCGGGCCUGAGCUCUUCUACGGCAUCAUGUUCGACGCGGGGAGCACUGGCACCCGAGUGCACGUCUUCCAGUUCAGCCGGCAGCCUGGAGAAACUCCCACCUUGACCCAUGAAACCUUCAAAGCACUGAAGCCAGGUCUUUCUGCUUAUGCUGACGACGUUGAUAAGAGCACCCCAGGAAUUCAGGAGUUACUGGACAUUGCUAAACAGGACAUACCCUUUGACUUCUGGAAGGCCACCCCCUUGGUCCUCAAGGCCACAGCUGGUUUACGUCUGUUACCAGGAGAAAAGGCUCAGAAGUUACUGCGAAAGGUGAAAGAAGUGUUUGAGGCGUCGCCAUUCCUCGUAGGGGACGACUGUGUUUCCAUCAUGAACGGGACGGACGAAGGUGUUUCCGCGUGGAUCACCGUGAACUUCCUAACAGGCAGUCUGAAGACCCCCGGGAGGAGCAACGUGGGCAUGCUGGAUCUGGGCGGAGGGUCCACCCAGAUCACCUUCCUCCCGAGAUUCGAGGGCACCCUUCAGACCUCCCCGCCCAGCUUCCUCACGUCCCUCCAGAUGUUUAAUAGGACCUACAGGCUCUACUCCUACAGCUACCUGGGGCUCGGCCUGAUGUCGGCGCGGCUGGCGGUUCUAGGCGGCGAGGAGGGAAAGCCUGCUGAGGAUGGAGCAGAGUUGGUCAGCCCUUGUUUGUCUCCCGGUUUCAGAGGAGAGUGGGAGCACGCUGAAGUAACGUACAGGGUUUCGGGACAGGAGGCAGCGGGGAGCCUCUACCAGCUGUGUGCCCGCCGAGUGUCCGAGAUCCUCCGAAACAAAGUGCACAGGACGGAGGAAGUGAAGGAUGUGGAUUUUUAUGCCUUUUCCUACUAUUAUGACCUCGCCGCACAUGUGGGCCUCAUAGAUGCAGAGAAGGGAGGCAGCCUCGUGGUCGGAGACUUCGAGACUGCGGCCAAGUACGUGUGCCGAACGGCGGAGACCCAGCCGCCGCGCAGCCCCUUCCUGUGCCUGGAUCUCACCUACGUCAGCUCGCUGCUCCACGGGCUCGGCUUCCCGGGGGACAAAGUGCUGAAGGUGGGGACUCCCCCGGUGCCCCCAGCCCCCGCCCGUCGCGAGCACAUGCCCGCCUUUCACACGCACAUGCUCCCUUCCACCCCCCCCGCCCCUUGUCUUUUCAAGUUGACCCGGAAGAUUGACAACGUGGAGACCAGCUGGGCUCUGGGGGCCACUUUUCAUUACAUUGACUCCCUGAGCCGACAGAAGAGCCCCACCUUGUAGCAGCCCAGCUGCCGGCCAUCCCCGUAGAAGCACUGUCUCUGCGAGAAUAGGCCCCUUUGGGACCCCCAGUGUGCGGGGAGGGGGUCACGGCACAGGCUGAGACCCUCCUCCCCGUGACCUCACAGACCGGCCCCUGGACGUGCUGGAACACGGCCCAGGCCUUGGCUCCCGGUGGGCAGUGACCAGACAGGGUAAAGGGCACAGGCCGAGGCCAGGGUGGCACAGCUGCUGUCCCCACCGUCCCAUCGCAGGGCUGGGGCGGCUGUGACACACGUCCUGUGACGGGAGUCUUGUUGUGUCCCACUGCCCCCAGCGAGAGCCCCCUGGGCUGGCGGGCGAGGCAUCUCCUGCGUGGGUGUGGACUGUGACAUCAUCCAGAAGCCGCUUCCUUGGGUCCUCGGGUGGCUCAGGGUUAGCUGGCGGGUUGGCGCUGAGACUGGUAAGAGGGGCUGGAGGAAAUGCCUCUUUGUGGCCCGUGUGCCCUGGCUUCUUGAAGCGGUCUAAACGUGAGCGUGAGCUGCUGUGAGAUAUCUGUGUCUGUGAGUGAUGUCUGUGUGGUGCUGAGUGCUCGUGUAGCAGCUGUGUUCUGCCCAGUGGAUGUAUCGCUGCCCUGAGCCAUUUGCAGCCAAGCGGUGUCAGUCGGGCCGAAGCCCCAGAUGCGCCCUCUCACGGCCCGUCCCCGCAGGCUCGCAGGAUGCUGGCUGAGCUGGGCACAGGAUGCUACGUGUCCCAGG